AUGUGGUGGCCCUUCCAGUGGCUCUUCAUCUACAUUCUCGGGGGAUUUACCUGCAUCCCGGUAUUGAUAGGCCUGACAAUAUGGUGGGUCAUGACUUACGGGAGCGUUCCCAUCGGCGAUGAUGACCCCAUGAAGCGGGCCAAGCUCCGAGCGCAAAGACGACAUGACGCUGGAGCUGGGGCAGCCACACAGGAGGAAACGGCCGGUAUCGAAGGUACCAAGAGGAGCUUCGCUGGCUAUCUCACUGUCCGCCGGCAUUUCCGGCCAACGCCGAGCAAUACGAGCUUCCUCUUUGGCGCUUCGACCGACCUUACGGGCGCCGAGGUCAAAGAGGAGGAGUCAGAUGAUGGCGGAUCAGCUGGGGCGAUCAAGGACGGCAAGGCUAGCGCUGCUGCCGUUGCGUCUGCCCCCUCAGUCAGCCAGCGACUCGUUGGGGCGUACAAGCAGGUCCGAAAGACCCAGGCCGCGCCGCCCAAAGAGCUCUUCUACUGCGUCCUCAAAGGCUCUGUGCUUUUCCUGUAUGACGACGACAAGCAGACCGACUGCGUUGCGGCGAUAUCGAUCGAAAAGUACACAGUCGGAAUGGAGAAGCCCGAAUGGGUUAAUGGAAAGGAGACGCGAGGGAGCAAGCCGUUUGACGGAAAAGACGGGGAGAUGUUCGGGAAGCGGAAUGCGUGUGUCAUGCGCUUGGUCGAGAAGGAAAAGGUGGAGUUGACAUCGAAGGGAAGUAAGGAGAAGAAAGAAGGUCUGCCGGUAUUGGCAAAGGGGAUGGGGGCUGUGGAUGCGGAUGCGACGCAAAAGGAGAAGGAGCAUCACGAAGAGAUGGAGAAUGCGCCUUGGUUCUUCUUCAGCACGAGGAACAUUGAGAUGGAAGACCUAUACAUCUCCCUCCUCCAGGUCUCGUCUGCUCGUCCCACCAUCAACGAUGUCUUCUCUUUCGCCGGUAUGAAACAGCUCGUCAACACUAUCGAUACCGAGCCAGAUCCGCUGUCGACGAGGUGGCUCAAUGCCUUUGUCGGCAGGAUCUUCCUGAGCUUGAACCAGACCAGUCAAAUCGAGGAUAAAAUCAUCGACAAGAUCAAGCUCAAGCUCACCAAGGUGCAGCGGCCUGCGUGGUUGGGAGAGAUUGUGAUAGACGAGGUACACGUUGGCAAGACGCCACCUAUCUUUUUCCGGCCGAUGCUCAAAGACCUCACUCCCACCGGCGGCGCAGCGAUGGAAGUGGGUCUCAAGUACCGCACUGACCCGACCGACGAAGAUUCCGGAGUCCGGUUCAUCGCCUCUACCCAAGCUAUCAUCCCCCUCGGCUACAAACAGGUCACCGUCAAUAUCAUGGUGGAAGCGCGGCUCAAGACGCUCGAGGGGAACGUGCUGCUGCGGAUCAAGGAGCCGCCGAGUAACCGGAUCUGGUGGGGAUUUACGAGCGCGCCAAAGCUCGAGGUGGAGAUAAGGCCGGUGGUGCAGGAUAGGAAACUGAACUUGUCGGUGGUGUUGAACCAGCUGGAUAGCUUGUUGCGGCGAGUCAUCGCCGAGUCUAUCGUUCUUCCAGCGAUGGACGACCUGGCGUUCUUUGACACCUCCAACCUCGACAUCCGGGGCGGUAUCUUCUCCUCUGCGUCAAAAUACCGCCGGAAACCUCAAGCGGCCGAAGCGGACGCUGCUGUCACCGAGGAGCCAAAAGGUCCAGGAGAGGUCACGACAUCACACGAGGACCCAUCAUCCGCCACCGCGGAAACCACCGGAAUGCGCAAACGGCUACCGAGCAAGUCGCAAACGAUGGACCACAGUCUAGACAAGGACGAGCCGGUCAUCGGGAUCGCUCGAGUUGAUACCGCUCCGGCCAGCCUCGACCCUGGCGCGGGUGCUCAAAAGCGGACGAGCGGGUUGGACAAGUGGUUCCCCGUCCCCAGUCUGGCUGGCUCUGUCGAGAAAGCCGGUCCAUCAUCCGCUCCUUCAUCGAGGCCUCCAUCCACCGUCCCGGCGCCUGCGAUGAGCGGCGCGAGUCCCGCUAUCAGCCUCGUGAUCCCCAAUGCCACUGCAUCUUCAUCACGCGACCCAAGCCCUCCCUCCAAAUCACAAACACCGAUCUCUAUCGCCUCGUCGGACCGGCGCGCAUCUAUCGACACCCUGUCCGCCGAGACUGCAUCCAUCGCCUCCUCGUCGGCUCGGACCAUCGGUACGGCACCCAGUAUCAGCACCGAGGGCACCUCCCCCUCCACCUCAUCCGCCGCCCUCUUAUCUGCCGUCAAGCAGUUCCGAGCCGGCGACAAGAAGGCGCUGCAGGAUAUUACCAAGACGGGAAUGGACGGGGUCAAGAAGGGAUGGAUGAACUUUGCGGCGAAGCGCAAGGUGUCUGCGGCUAUACCUGCCCCGUCCUCGCCUGAACCGAUCAAGCCAGCGGCUUACAGACCGGCAGAGGAUGAGCGGGAUGCGGCCGCGGGCAUAGCGUAUGGGAAGGCGAUGGGGCACGGCGCGCCUGGGGCAGAAGUGCGGAAGAGCCUGGACAUGCACGGAAAGUCGCUCAAGGAGCGGCUGGACGCUGCUGCUCAUACCACCUCUUUGGCGUCAGGUGAGCAUACGGGUCUCGGAACGAGCCCGACAAUAGGCUCCGUCCCGAUGCCGGUCACGGCGAAUGGGCGUCCAAGGUCCGGGACCGACUCGAGCCGGACCAGCGCCACCGGUGCGACAGGCUCAAAACCGUCCCUCCUCUCCUCCCCUUCCAAACUAUCCGUGCCUACCCUCUCCCCCACAUCCCCGGCAUCCGUCGAUUCACAAUGGACACCGCUCCCUCGGUCCUCGGCGGAUCCUUCGUCCAGCAGCAACAUCUUUGACAAGCGCGAAAAGGACGAACGCGUCGCGAGACCCAGUACCGAUUCGGUCCGUUCUGCCACAGGCUCAAUCAGUCAGCAGCCAGUAUCGGUCCAGCCGGGUAUGGGGAGGAGUAUGGUCGUACCGAGGGUGAUGAAGCGCCCUGGAGAGGUGACGGGCUUAGGAAGCAGUCCGGGGGGAUUGGGGAUGGUUAGGCGGGUCAGCGAGGAUGGGAAGGAGAUCUUGUCGGAUUUCAAGGAUCCAGCGGGGUCGGAUAAAGCUGCUUUCAGGAAGCUGGAAGAUCCUGAGGCGGGGGGGACGAGAGGUCCAGGAAAGAUGGAAGGGCAGGAGAAGACGACGGUACCGGAGCCAAGUGGGGUUGCUGAUCCGCGCACGUCAAGUCGAGUGGAAGCUCUCGGACAUUCCCCAUUAUCCCAUACUGGGACGGAGAACGAUCUCGUGUCAGCUAUCGAGGCCGACCAGGCAGCACCGCCCGUCCGCCAAGCAACGGUCUCGGACGGACCUACAGCCGCGGUGGAGGGGUCAGCAGGAGAUCCGCCGCACCCGGAAUCGUCUACUACGGCAACAGGAAGCGACAUCGCCUCUGCCAUUGAGGCGGACCUGGCGGCCCCUCGUGUUCAUCCUGACGACGCAUCUCGAUCCUCGUCGGCCAAAGAUAUCCCCGCCCCACUCCAGCCACCACCCGCGAUGGGGUCCGGAAAGGCUCAUGCGGAAUCUACAGCGAAUGCGGGAGAAAGGGAGGAGAAGGUAGAGGCCGGGGAUGAGGGUGAUCAUGGCGCGAAGAAGUCGGGAACGACCACACCGAGGUCAGGGGCGGAGGAGGCGCUGCGGCGGUUGGCGCAGAAGGACGGGGUCUAG